AACCCAAUCUUAAAAAUUGGGGACCGCACUCGCACGCACAGAUUCGAAUUAGGGUUUCGCCACUCAAACCGAUAAAUCAUCGCCGAUGACCGAAGUUCUGAGCACCACCGACGAAGAUAACGACCGCCGCGGCGAAAAGGACACCGACGAAAAGCCUCCCGAAGCCGCCCCCUCCGAUGCUCCCCCGGGGGACGCGUCACCGCCGCCCCCUCCGCCUCAACCGCCGCGCCGCGGCAUCCGAGACCGAGAGCGCGACUCCCGUGAUCGGCGUGAUGACCGGGACUAUGACCGUCCUCCGCGUCGCGAGUACUAUGAUCGGAACCGAUCGCCGCCUCCGCCCCCACCGCGGGAAAGAGAUUAUCAUAAGCGCGGCAGGAUGAGCCCGAGCCCCCCUCCGCCUCCAUAUCGAGACCGGCGCGGAGGAGGUCCGCAUUCUCCGCCUCCUAGAAGGUCUCCGCCGUUUCCUCCGUACAAGCGGAGGAGGGACGAUGGUUAUGAUGGUAGGAGAGGGAGUCCGAGAGGAGGAUAUGGCCAUGGGGAUCGAAGGUUUGGGUAUGAUCAUCCUGGUGGAUAUGACCGUGAAAACGGGGGCAGACCUGGCUAUCCUGAUGAAAGAACUCAUGGUCGAUAUAUGGGCCGCGGAGGUGGUGGCUACCAAGGCGAUUGGGAUUCUGGUCGUGGUGCUUUUGCUGAUACAUUUGGUGCUGGUGGAACCCAAAGGGAAGGAAUGAUGUCUUACAAGCAGUUCAUUCAGGAGCUUGAAGAUGAUAUCUUGCCUUCUGAAGCAGAGCGCAGAUAUCAAGAGUACCGGACAGAAUACAUAUCAACCCAGAAACGAACUUACUUCAAUUCACAUAAAGAUGAAGAAUGGUUGAAAGACAAAUAUCAUCCAACAAACUUGCUCGCUGUCAUAGAACGGAGGAACGAACUUGCGAAGAAGUUGGCAAAGGAUUUUCAGCAUGAUCUGCAGGGAGGGACUUUGGAUAUAGGUCCUGCUUUUAGUCCUUCCUCAUCAAACAAGGCGGACCAAUCCAGUGAGCCCAAUUCUGAAGAUGAAACAGAUGGCAAAAGAAGGCGGCCCAGUCGGGGUGGAGCCAAGGAAUCUGAACUUUCUUCUGCCCCAAAGGCUCACCCUGUCAGUUCUGAGACUAGACGAAUUCAGAUUGACAUUGAACAAGCUCAGGCUCUUGUACGGAAACUUGAUAAGGAAAAAGGAAUUGAGGAAAACAUUUUAUCUCGAUCUGAUAAUGAUAGAAUUAGCAGAGAUAAAUCUCAUGGAAGUUCAAGUGGUCCGGUCGUCAUUGUAAGGGGUUUAAAUACAAUAAAAGGUCUGGAGGGGGUUGAGCUUCUGGACACUCUUCUGACUUAUCUCUGGCGUAUUCAUGGAGUUGAUUAUUAUGGGUUGUUUGAAACAAAUGAACCCAAAGGUCUCCGGCAUAUUAGAGUUGAGGGGAAGGACCCUGAUGGAAUUGGUAAUGGGAACGAGUGGGAGAAGAAAUUAGAUUCUCAUUGGGAAGAGAGACUAAAAAAUUUAGAUCCUUUGGAAGUAAUGACUGCGAAGGAAAAGAUAGAUGCUGCAGCUGUUGAUGCUUUGGAUCCACAUGUCCGCAAAAUUAGGGAUGAAAAAUAUGGCUGGAAGUAUGGAUGUGGAGCUAAAGGUUGUACAAAGCUCUUCCACGCUGCAGAGUUUGUUCACAAACAUUUGAAGUUGAAACACCCAGAAGUUGUGAUGGAAGUGACAUCAAAAGUGCGGGAAGAGUUGUACUUCCAGAACUACAUGAAUGAUGAAAAUGCACCUGGAGCGGCGCCUGUCAUGCAGCCCUCAUUGAGGGAAAAGACACAAAGACGAAGACCUGGUCCAGAUAACAGAUUGAGAGAUGAUAGGGGGAACCGCAGAGAACGUGAUAAUCGUGCAAAUGGCAGUGAACACUUUGAUAGGUCUGAGAAUCCUCAGGCUGGGGAUUUCAACAAUAGUGAUGGUGCUGCCGGGAACAACCCAGACGAACCAAUGUUUGAUUCUUAUGGUGGGCAAGGCAUUCCUGUUGCUGCUUUCCCUUCAGACAUACCUCCUCCUGUUCUGAUGCCUGUUCCUGGUGCUGGCCCACUCGGUCCUUUUGUUCCUGCCCCACCUGAGGUUGCUAUGCGGAUGUUACGAGACCAAGGGGGCCCUGCGCCAUUUGAGGGAGGCAGAAAUGGGAGGUCUGGACAUCAGUUAGGUGGACCUUCCCCAAUAAUUGCUAUGCCACCUGCACUUCGGCAGGAUCCUCGUAACCUGCGAAGCUACAAUGAUCUGGAUGCUCCAGAUGAUGAGGUGACAGUUAUAGACUACAGGAGCUUGUAAGGAGGCACCUUAUAUGAAUGCUGCUGAGUCGGGCUUGGGCUAAUCUCGAAUUUAUCUAUAUGUUUGACGACGUGCUGGAAAGUGUGCGGGGUUUCUGCACAAGAUUCUUUGUGAAGUUGGGGAUAUGUUGAAUAGCGUUUGUGUUGUAAAACAGUCUUUUUCCUAUGGCUAAGAAGCGUUGAGCUCCUUAUUCUUUCAAGGCCUAGAAUCUGACGAAAGAGCUGAAGCUCAAUUGGAAAACAGAAAUCUCACUUUUAAUGUAUUUUCGACGUUGUCUUUC